CUAUUUUUAGUCGUUUCCUGGAGGUCAAAGAAAAGUGUUUGAAGACUUUUUUUGUUUGAGGGUUACAGGCUUGCACACUGCACGACGGUCUUGGCUUGGGUCAUAGAAAUCGCAAUAGCAAUGCCAUGUUAGGAAGGAGAGAGAGAUAGGAGAGGCCUAGAAAUUUUGUGGUUUAAGGUUAUGUCGAAUUGUUUAUGUACCAUUUAUUGACAUGAAAAUAUGUUGUUGAUGUUAGUUCUGAAUAAUGCCCAACAAAGAGGAAAUCAAGGAACUACUGUCUGAUCUUGGGAGAGCUACAUUGCGUGGUGUUCGCAAGUGUCCGAAAUGCGGAACGUACAAUGGGACGAGAGGUCUCAGUUGUAAAAACAAAGCCUGUGAUGUUGUAUUUAAAGAAGCAGGUGAAAAACGAAAAUUUUCCACAGAUGCUUGUCGUUUGCAGACAGGCUCUAAUACACAAGUGUUUUCUGUGAGAGUGAGAGACAAGGGACCAGAUUAUAGAGGCUUUGUUCAGCUAUUGACUGAGUCCGAUCCUCUGUCAACUGGAGGCCUGGAGGCUGAGGACGGUACAUUAAUCAGUCCUAAUGCUGCACUUUGCUUUGUCGACACAUGUCAGCGCUCUUUUGAUGCAAGUGUUUUGAAGUGCCAUGAAAAGAACUCUGUUGUUUCAUCUCUUCAGCCUGUAUCAUGCCAGCAUAUUGCUGCUGCUCUCCGAUGCUUUGCUGAGUCUGUCCCUCUCACUUUAAAACCUACUGUUAUCAACCUCUUAGAUUGUGAUGGAAAUACAAAGCAAUGUCUUUGGAAUCUGAUUGCUGAGACUUCGGGACCACUAGUACAGCGUGUGUCAAAAACUAUCAUGGCUGUAAAGUGCAAACCAUCUCCUAAGCACCCUUUAGGCUACCUUCACUUUGCUUUUCUAACUUCCAGAGUGAAAGAUAGAGUGGAGCACAGACACUUCUGUAGUUGUCCAGAGUUCAAAGGUGGUAAGGAUGACAUCAGCCUUCUUAAAAGAUGUGUACACUUCUAUGCUUGUGUAUGUGCAUUUGUGAGUGAUGACAAAUUAUCUGAAGAAUUUGCACAUUAUGUGGAGAUGUGUUAUCCUCCAUCAUCUCCAAACAGGGAAGAGCAUCAGUUGUUCUCAAUAUUGAAUGAUGCUUUAGAAGGAGGCGCUGAUCCAUGUGAAGUGGAAGUGGUGCUACAGGAUGAACCUCUUCUUCAGUCAGCAAGCAUCAGUGUUGCAGAGGAUGGCACAAUAACACAGGUUCAUGAGCUUGGAGACAUACAAAUUCAUCCCCUCGAUAGUGAUGGCAUGACAUAUAGUGCUGAUGAAAUAGCUGAUAUGCUUCCAAAAAUAUCUAUUCCUCAUGUUCAGCAGUCUAAAUUGAAGCGUAAAAGAGAGGGUUCAGUAAAUGAAGCACUCAUGACUUUACAUAAACCAUUAGAGAGUAGUGUCCAGGCUUUAUGCAGUUCCAAAGGAAGAGUGAUAAGCGGGAACAUCCGUGGAAAUGGAAGUCAAAAACAGAGUGUCUCAGAUCGCAAGCCUAUGCCCAGCACUGCCUUUAAAAAGCAAGAUCCACCUGAUGAAAACGAAUCUAAUGUGUCAUUUAUUCAAUGGUUGGCCUCUGUCACUGAGCGAAUAAAUCAAACCAUGCAUUUUCAGUUUUGUGGGGACCCAGACCCUCUUGUUUUUCAUGUCCCUCAGGUAUUUUUUGAUUGCCUGAGAGAACGUAUGUCUACUCCACUAGGUGGGAACAAGAAAAGGCGCCUUCCAAAUACAACUACAGUAUUUGUUCGUAAGGACUCUGUUCCACUGGGUACAUUUACCAAGUACACUUGGCAUAUUACAAGUGUUUUGUUUGUAAAACAUAUAUUUGACACACCUCUGAUGCCUCUUGAUAUAAUUAGGAGCUUUGUCGAGAACAGAGAUGGCACCUAUGAUCUUUUUCACAACAGCAACAAGAAGGAAGAUAAAAAUUUUAAUCUAUCUAAAACAAUGAAGAGACCUCUUAUUAAGCCACUUGAAGUUCGAACAUAUCUCAAAGUUGGUAAUACAUCUCCUGACCAAAUGGAACCAACUCCGUUUGUCAUAGAGUGGAUUCCUGACGUCCUUCCUUUAAGCAGGGUAGGUGAACUGAGACUUCAGUUUAAAUUUGGUCACCAGAGAUGUGGUUCAGAACAGGCUAGAAGCCCUUUCAUCAGACAACCUUUGAAAACAUCUGUAAAAAGCAGAGCAUCAAAGGCAAAAAGACGCCAAAAACUAACACCAUUUAGCCAACAGCAGGCCGCAAGCAUAUCUGUUCUUGUUGAUCCAGAGGAACUGAUGUCCUUGUAAAUAAUCUACCUUGGAGAAGAACCUUAGUUAAAGUAGUGGAAGAUCAGUUGUUGCUUUAGUGUUAAAAGAACGAUUAACUUUGUGUAAAACAGAGCUGUCAAUAUCUGGUAUUGUCUUUCCAAAGAUUACUGUUUUACUUGUUCCUUGUUUGCAAAAUCGUUGAGUAAUGUAUGUGCACUCAAGUUGAAUCUAUCAUUACCCACUAAAUGAAUCACUCAUUUACUGAUGAGAGUUCCUGAAUGAAAUUAAUUCUUAUGAGUCCAUUAUUGAUACAUGCAUGCACACAUAUGUACUUUGCUCUCUAGUUAUUUGACAUGUGAUGAGUGUUUCUUGCUGAUUUGUAAAAUUGACAAAAGUAUUAUGUCCAUUUCAGUGAUCAUAUCACUGCCAUUUUCUUGUAUGGAAUCUGUGUGUUGGGCCCAUAUUUUAUUUUAUGAUUCAAUCAUAAAUACCAUAGUAAACCCAAAA